UCUGACGUGUUUUUCGCAUUUCCUGCAGCAGCGAGAGACGGAGGCAGAGAGAGCGAGCAGCGUCGGGGGGAGGCAGCCAGAGGUAUGUCCACGGGAAGUUAAGAUCCAGCCUGAAAGCAGGCCGUGCACCGAGGAGCAGGAACCCCUCAGUACCUGCCCCUCCUCUCCGCCUCUGCUGCGGCUGUGGACGCUCCCAGCUCCGGCUCCGACAUCCCCGGUGCACCGCGGCGGCUCCAGCAGUCAACCGGAGCCUCGGUGCAAUGCAACACGGGCUCGUGCUUCCAGGGCUGCAGCUAACGAAGUCUGCUUAAGGUGAAAACAUGUCAGACGGAGUCACAUCUGGGGCCUUUUGCACGUUUUUACGCUAAAUCGCGGCUGUUGCUUCAUGGUUCUUCCGUGCACUUAACUAAGAAAGGCUCGUUUCUCCGGUGCUGCAGUUUAUAUUUUGGGGGGUUUGUAGCAUUUUUCGGUGAGUGCAGACGUCUUUAAGGAAGCACAGGGAGCUAAAUCAGACCAAAACAUUUAUCUAAAGGCUGCAUACUUUGCGUUUUUUCCGUCAUAUUCAGCUGGAAGGAUUUACAGUAUCUGCUGGAGGAACACCGGUUGAACGGAGACAAACCGUAACAGCACGAGGAGUUGAUUGUUUUUGGAGUGUUUUUGGGAGAAAGGUGGUUUCAUUGUAAACACUUAAAGUAUCAAGCGUACCUCCACACCGCCAUGGUGAUCUUCAAUGGGCAGCUGAAGAUCAAGAUCCGCGAGGCUCUGGACCUCAAACCGACGGCAUGGUCCCUGCGUCACGCCGUCGGCCCCAAGACCCAGACCUUCCUCCUGGACACGUACAUCGCCCUGAACGUGGACGACUCCCGCGUGGGCCAGACCUCCACCAAGCAGAAGACCAACAGCCCCGCGUGGAACGAUGAGUUCACCACGGAGGUGCACGACGGCCGCAGGAUCGAGCUGUCCGUCUUCCACGACGCGCCCAUCGGCUACGACGACUUCGUGGCCAACUGCAUCAUCCAGUUCGAGGACAUCCUGCACAACGGCAGCAAGCACUUCGAGGACUGGGUGAGACACAUGAGACACACGAGACACCCCAAUGCACACACAGCGGUGUGCCCUCACCUGGUUAAAGGUGCAGGCAUUAGGGAUGCAUCAAAUAACUAUCCUCAUGCCUAUUUCUGUGGUCAAGUUAAUCCUUUGAAACCCAAAUUGGGUUGAUUUCCCCCAAAAUAUUGGAGUAUUAGAAAGUAGAAAUUACCCCAAAAUUAUCAAGAAAUUUAUG